UUUUGAUAUGUGGACCCACACCCUACCACCGCACAAUCCAGCCUUCUCUUUUGUUUGCUUCAUUCCGUCCUUUUGAAUUAUGUUUAUCUGCUAGCUAUUUAGUUAUUGUUUGAAUUUUUGGGUAGCGAUUAGCCACUGAACAGGGUUACUAGGGUAGUGAUUAGCUAGUGAACUAGCCAGCCGAAACUUAAUUACCGGUAAUUCGCUCGCAUUUCGAGUAUCGGAACCGAUGGGGCGAGAAAGUCACAAAAUGAAGGCAUUAAGCCUUCUGAGAAGUAGAAUCUGUGACCCCAAAUUUGUAUUCAAGCCUCUCCACGAUUCUCCGGACAGCAACUACAGUAAACUGAAAUUCAUGAUAUCAAGUUCAAUUACUGAGGCAUGCAAUAAUUCUAUUCUGCUCCUUGGUCCCCGUGGCUCUGGGAAAUCUGCGGUUCUGGAGCUUGUUGUUGGAGAUUUAUUGGUGGAGUAUCCGGACAUGAUUUCAGUGAUCAAGUUGAGUGGGCUUUUACAUAGCGAUGACAACUGUGCAUUAAAGGAAGUAGCUAGGCAGUUAUGCAUGGAGCAUCAAUUGCAAUUCUCAAAAGCGGCAUCGUUUGACGACAACUCUCAAUUCAUGGUAGCAAUGCUAAAGGAGUGUGGAUUAGCACAUAAAACAAUUGUAUUUAUUCUGGAUGAGUUUGACCAGUUUGCCCAGGGUAAGCAGAGGUUGCUUUAUAGCUUGCUGGAUGCUAUGCAAUCAAUAACAUCACAGGCUGUUGUAAUUGGCAUUAGUUGUCGGCUGGAUGCAGAUCAGCUAUUGGAGAAAAGAGUACGAUCCCGUUUUUCACAUAGAAAGUUAUUGUUCCUUCCACCUUCUACAGAAGACUCAAAGAGAAUUUUGGAGCAAGUUCUGUCAUUACCAGUGGAUUCAAGUUUUCCACAUGAUUAUGCUGUUGAAUUUAAUAGAAAGGUUCAAGAUAUUUUGGAAGAUAGGAGGUUCAAAGAAACCUUCAAUAAAUAUUUGAAUUUGGACUCCUCAAUCAAACAUUUGCUGAGGUUUCUAUUUUGUGCUGUCUCAUGUAUGGAUUUGCAGACUGGCUUUUUGACAUACGAGAACUUUGAAACGGCGUUUUCAAGUAUUCUGAGGCAACCCAAACUGGAAUGUUUAAAAAAUUGCUCCAUAUUAGAACUUUACAUCCUGGUUUGCAUGAAGAGGUUGGAAGUUAAAGAACAGACCUUGUGCAACUUCAAUUCUAUUAUGAAAGAGUAUAAAAAUGUGCACGAUUCCUUCCAGACUUCUGAUUAUUAUGCACGAAAUGUCUGCUUAAGGGCAUUUGAACAUCUUAUCAACCGUGAACUGAUAUGUUUCACAGACAGCAGAGGAUAUGGUUCAUCGGUCGAGUUCCGCCCUGUAAAGCUUUUAAUCUCUUCUGCUGAACUACACCAAGGACUAAAAGCAUAUCAUUCAUGCCCCGCUAUCCUUCACAAGUUAAUGGAUCGUGAAGGCUAAGAUGCUCCAGGGAGAUAUUUUGCGUGUUCAGUCUGAUGAGCUCAGCCUGAAGAAGGUAAAUUGUCGAUUACGUUGGUACUAGAAUUUGUCAGUU